AUGGGCAAUUUAGACCGCGACGUAACCGAGUCAACCUCGACGUUACCUGCCCCCGACACCCUGUCGGAGGCCGAGGAGUCGAAGUUGAUGCGCAAGAUCGACCUCCACGUGCUGCCCAUGCUCUUUUUAAUCUAUGUGGCAGCCUUUCUUGAUAGGGCGAACAUAUCGAAUGCCCUCACCAUGAGGUUACCAGAGGAGUUGGGAUUGACUGGCCAACAGCCUAACAUAGCGCUGGCCGUAUUCUUUGUUCCUUACAUUAUCUUCGAAAUACCUUCAAACAUCUUAAUGAAACGAUUUAGCCCUCAUGUAUGGCUAUCUAUUUGCAUCUUCGGUUUCGGUGUGGUGAUGCUGGGACAGGGCUUCAUUAAGAACUACAGCGGCCUGAUUGCAACGCGCUUCUUCCUUGGACUUUUCGAAGCUGGCAUCUUCCCGGGGAGUUUCUAUCUAAUAAGUUUCUGGUAUAAGCGACAGGAGUCGCAGAAGAGGUUCACCGUUUAUUUCUGCUCCGUCAUCCUAGCUUCUGCGUUCGGCGGUCUGCUCGCCUCCGCAAUUGCGGAAAUGGACGGGAUACGGGGCCUAAGUAACUGGAGGUGGAUUUUUAUAUUAGAAGGGAUUCUGACUAUUCUAGUGGCUAUCGCAGGGUAUUUCUUCGUCAGCGAUUUCCCUGGCGAAGCGAAGUGGCUAUCUGAGAGGGAGAAGCAAUUCGUUCUGGCAAAAACGCGUUCGCACGAGACCGCUGCGGAACAAAAAAUCACUGGGAAAGAUAUUAUCGAGUUUUUCAAGGAUCCGAAAAAUUACCUCGGUGCGAUAAUGUACUUCUGUGUCGUCGUCCCGGUUUAUGCAUUCGCCUAUUUUACACCCACAAUCGUCAAGACGCUCGGAUACUCGGUAGUUCAAACACAGCUGCAUUCGAUUCCACCCUUUGCAGCUGCGCUUGGAUUGUGUCUUGUUCUAACAUAUCUGUCAGAUCGAGCAGAUAGUCGUCUCCCAUUCAUCUUGUUCCCAAUCGCGAUUCUUAUCGCGGGACUUGCGAUUUUAAUGACGACGCACGCGAACUUCUCGGUGCAAUAUGCAGGAAUUUGCUUAGUCUGUAUGGGUGCCUUCAGUGCGGGACCCGUUGUUAUUUGUUGGUAUCUCAUGAACCUCCAGGGACAUAAGCAGAGAAGCAUUGGCUCCGCCUGGAUGAUCAGCUUUGGUAAUACGGGGGGGAUUCUAGCGCCUUUCUCAUUUCUACCAAAAGACGCACCGUACUAUCAUCCUGGCUACUCGGCGUGUAUGGCGGUCGCCGUGGUGGGGGUUGCCACAAAUAUCUGUUAUGCGCUCCUCAUACUGAGGGAGAGACGCAGGGUACAUCGUGAUGGCGGAGCCGAAAAGACGCAUGAUCUGUCAUUGUAGAUGGUACUUGACCGAAAUCUGCGGGUGAUAACACAUCGGCUUAAUCGCUAGAAAAAAGUUGGACUUGUUAGUACAUACUUAAAGGCUCGUACAGAUACAACCGCAUAUACAACCGCAAAUACGACGUAAGGGAGUGUAACACCGGCUUGUUGCUCCGCCUUGUCAAGUACAAUGAAUUUUUUUUUACUGGAUAUAAAACCUAUAAUAUCCGCCUGUCAGGGCUAAGGAGCUGGUACAUUGGAAUUUGUCCAUAUCGU